ACUCCUCACUGCCUGAGCUUUCUCUCUCCACUGUACCCAGUAGUACUGGAGUAUCUAGCGCAGCUAGGCACGGUCCGAUCCAUCCCAGCUAUGGCAAGCAGAUGCAGAUCCCUGACUCCCUUCCAGCUCACUGCCACCCUCUUCGUGGCGCUCCUCGCUACGUGCCAUGCCGGCAGCAUCGCCGUCUACUGGGGCCAGAACGACGGCGAGGCUUCGCUAGCCGAGACGUGCGCGUCCGGGAACUACGAGUUCGUCAUCCUCGCUUUCCUCCCCAAGUUCGGCAAAGGCCAGAGGCCGCAGCUGGACCUCGGCAGCCACUGCGACGCAUCGUCAGGUGGCUGUAAAAGCCAGAGCAAGGACAUCAAGUCGUGCCAGAGCGGCGGCGUCAAGGUCCUGCUCUCCAUCGGCGGCGGCGACGGAAGCUACGGACUAUCGUCUCCCGGUGACGCGCGACAGGUCGCCAUGUACCUCUGGAACAACUACCUGGGAGGCACCUCGUCGUCCCGCCCCCUCGGCGACGCCGUGCUCGACGGCAUCGACUUCGACAUCGAGCUCGGCGGCACCAAGUUCUGGAACAAUCUCGCGAGUGACCUCAAGAAAUUGGGCAACAACAUCGACGCCGACAAGCACGUGCUGCUAAGCGCGGCGCCGCAGUGCCCGUUCCCUGACGAGUGGGACGGUGGCGCGAUCAACACGGGGCUGUUCGAUUACGUGUGGGUGCAGUUCUAUAACAAUCCGGAGUGCCAGUUCAACGCGGGGCGCCAGGCAUUCAUGGACGCAUGGAAGAGGUGGGAGUCGGUGCCGGCGGGGAAGAUCUUCCUAGGACUGCCGGCCUCCAAGGACGCGGCGGGCACCGGAUUCGUGCCCGCCGGCGUGCUCACGUCGCGCGUGCUGCCGCUUAUCAAGGGCUCGCCCAAGUACGGCGGCGUCAUGCUGUGGUCCAAGUUCUACGACGACCGCACGGGCUACAGCUCCGCCAUCAAGAGCCACGUCUGAGUCCAUGCAACGUUCAUCUGGCCGGCGAUGUGUUGCAGCUUGCCUGUGUAUAUAUUUGUGUAAGUAGAAUGUUGUCUGGUCUUUUUUUUUAUCUUCGUGGUUGUAUAUAUUCUGUGUCCUUGUCUCGGUGUUUCGGAGACAUGCAUGUUUAUGUCUUUUGUAUGUGCAUAUUUUAUUAUUUUUACAUUUCAAAACUCUUAAUU